AAGUGUCGCAGUGUAUCGUUGUUCACCCUUGAUUUGGGGUCAAAGCGGAUCAGCUCGAAAGCGACGCACCACUGGAGGCAUUCUCCGCAGAGAGCGAGCUCCUUCCAACUGGCACGACCCGCACUUGCCAUUGCAAGCGAACAGUGGCUUGGAAUACGGCCGUAGUCAGUUUGGCCUUUAAAGACACGACAUCUGCUUGCAUCACACCUCAUCCUCCGUACCGUCAUGGCCACGAGUUCGACCGGCCUCACUGGCCUCAGCGCCUACAUAAAGCAGUCACCUCCACUUGACUUUUCCAUCCCGUUUGAGGACACUUGGGUCAAAGACAGAACCAUCGUCGUCACUGGAGGCGCCAGCGGCUUCGGAGCAGGGUUCGUGCGGAGAUGGGCAACGAACGGGGCUGUGGUGGUCAUUGGGGACGUCAACGUCGAAAAGGGCGAUGCACUUGCCAAAGCCAUCCGGAAAGAGACGGGACGCGAGAGCGCUGCCCAUUUUGUUCACUGCGAUGUAACAGACUGGCAGUCCCAGGUCAACCUCUUCAAAGAGGCGGUAAGGUUGAGUCCUCACGGUGGCAUUGACACGGUCGUCGCGAAUGCCGGCAUCCAGGCAAAGGAUAGACUACAGGAGCCCGGAGACCUCAGCGCAGCCGAACCUCAAUCGCCCAAUUUCGCGACCAUGGAUGUGAACGUCACGGGCGUGCUGUACACGACGCAUCUAGCAUAUUACUGGUUGCCCAAGAACCCCGGGUCUAAGCCCUGUAACAUGAACUCAGUGCCAGACAAGCAAAGAAGAGAUAGAAGUCUCAUACUGCUGGGCAGCGUAGCGAGUUUGGCCCCGAUUGCAGCAGCGCCGCUCUACGGGACGAGCAAGCACGCCGUUCUCGGACUGUUUCGUUCUCUAAGAGCAACCUCGCACAUGGAGGGCAUCCGGGUCAACAUCGUCCUGCCCUACUUCAUCGACACGGCCAUUGUGCCUCCAGUGGCAAAGUUGUUGCUUGCAGGAGGCGCCAUGGGCAAGGUCGAGGACGUUGUGGAGGCAGCUACAAGAUUAGUAGCCGACACGCGCAUCGUCGGUCGCGGUAUCGUUGUUGGGCCGAAGGUGACGGUCAAGCAGGACGACACUGGCGAGUUCAAGCUAGUCACAAAAGGGACCGAGGGUUCGACCGAGACGGCGCUCUGGGAGCCGUACGCCGACGACUGGGAAGAGGUGGAUGCCUUUGGUCGACGGGUCGUCAAGAUACUGAAUGCCGUCGAGCAAGCGCGUGGAUGGUACGGCUGGAUCACCGACGUUGUGAAGCUCGCAGGCCACAGGCUCUUUGGGGUUGGAGGCGGCUCGUGAGAGGUGCACGCUACACGCUUCUCGAACGCGCCGAAGCGUCAGCGGUCCUUGCCGUCGAUCGCGCUGGUGGAGCAUCGUCUCGCAUCGCCGUGCCCAGACGCGCGCUCAAGAGACUAUUUCGAGAAGACUUCGACAUGGACAUCCAGAAUAGGAAAUGGCGAGAGUCGUUCGGGCGACGCUCUGCUUGGGGGUGACGUCACAUGGCCACGCUCGGACGUUUUGCGGGAGCUAAGGCGGGAAUCGGCAUGGG